GAUUGGGCGGCGCGGGCGCGGGCGGCCGUCGCGCGCGGGUGACGUGCGCGGCGGCGGCGGGGCGGCGGCGGGUGGAAAUGGCGGAGUACUUGGCGUCCAUCUUCGGCACCGAGAAAGACAAAGUCAACUGUUCCUUUUAUUUCAAAAUUGGAGCGUGCCGUCAUGGGGACCGGUGCUCUCGCUUGCACAACAAGCCGACCUUCAGCCAGACCAUUGCCCUCUUGAACAUUUACCGUAACCCUCAAAACUCUUCCCAGUCUGCUGACGGUUUGCGCUGUGCUGUGAGCGAUGUCGAGAUGCAGGAGCACUACGACGAGUUUUUUGAGGAGGUCUUCACGGAAAUGGAGGAGAAGUACGGUGAGGUGGAGGAGAUGAACGUGUGCGACAACCUGGGCGACCACCUGGUGGGGAAUGUGUACGUCAAGUUCCGCCGUGAGGAGGACGCGGAGAAGGCCGUGAUCGACCUGAACAACCGCUGGUUCAACGGGCAGCCCAUCCACGCCGAGCUGUCGCCCGUGACUGACUUCCGGGAAGCCUGCUGCCGCCAGUAUGAGAUGGGCGAGUGCACCCGGGGCGGCUUCUGCAACUUCAUGCACCUGAAGCCCAUCUCCCGUGAGCUGCGGCGGGAGCUGUACGGACGGCGUCGUAAGAAGCAUAGGUCGAGGUCCCGCUCUCGUGAGCGCCGCUCCAGGUCCAGAGACCGCGGCCGUGGCGGUGGAGGUGGUGGCGGCGGCGGCCGGGAACGAGACCGGAGGCGUUCGAGAGACCGCGAGAGGUCGGGCCGGUUCUGAGCCAGUUUCUACCGCGAGUGCUGGGAAGUGUCGCAGUUGAUCGAUCACACAAGUUCAUAAUGGGAAUUUUUUUUAAAAAACAACAAAAAAAAACAAAGAUGGGUUUCUGAAUAAAAUUUGUAGUGAUA